AUGACUGAAGUCAAUGCCACAGCUCUGGCGGGGAUUGCUCAAAGCCUGUUGGCAGCGAAGAUGGUUUCCUUGUCCGCUUGUACAAUCACGAUUGGGGACGAAGUGGAACAUAUAUGGCUGAAGCCAAAAUAUACCCGAAUGACGAUUCUGUGGGCUUUGAAUCGGUACAUUACUCCUUUGGGUUUUAUUGUUAUUACGAUAUGUUCUCUUCCCAGAAGCUUUGAAAUUGGUCAAUUCCUUUGGUGUUGGCUUUUCUUGCUGGCGGCGGAGUUGGGUACUAAAAUCGUUUCGUGGGCUGUAUACUCGUCGGAAGAACAUCCUCCCGGUUUGUGUUCAGUUGGAUCGCCGAGCUUUUUUUCGGUGCUAGACUCGGCAAUGUUUAUUCUGACACUAUGGCGCACUAUCGCUUACAACAAUGCUUUAAACAACGGCAGUACCAAGUCGCUGAUGCGCCUAAUUCAACGCGAUGGAAUCGCAUACUAUGCCACUAUUUCAAUAAUCAAUCUUGUCACGGUGGUAAUCUUUUUGUUUGCAUCCAACUCUACACAAUGCCCGAUUCCCAAGUCGACGCGCGCACCUUGUCAACCCUCUCACGACUACAUGCGUCGUAACCCGAUACAUUUCCCUCGUACUGUCAUCCCGGUAACUAUCACGAAGGGAUAUAAGAUAGCAUGUAGUUUGGCAGGAGUGGCCGAUGGUCCGAAUUCAUAUCCGGAAAAACAAUAA